CCUGGCGGUCAGCAAGUCGUUCUGUCGUGCGUGAUGUGAUAACCGGCGAAUGUAGAGCGAGAAAAUAGUAAAAAUUGAUAUAAAAAUGACCAGAGAGAUUUUGCUAUUGUUUAUCUGCACGACACGGGCAUACUCUUCGACUUUGGCAGACUUUUCAAAUAACACGACGGAAAAUGCAGCAAUCACACUAACCAGAGAAAAGCGACUCCAUCUACCUUUGUUUCCAAUAAACAAGGAGUAUUUGCAUCCGAAUACACCAGUAGAAGAAACCUACGACUUCAUCAUAGUAGGAUCCGGAUCCGCGGGCUCCGUCCUAGCAAAUCGCUUGUCGGAAAAUCAAAAAUGGAAAAUUCUGCUCCUGGAAGUAGGCGACGAAGCCAUACCGCUGACGGACAUUCCAGUAUUGGCUCCCGUAUUUCAAUUCAGCAAAAUCGACUGGAAUUACAAAGCGGAGAAACAAGACGGCGCAUGCUUAGGGUGUCCCGAUCAAAGAAUGCACUGGCCACGAGGUAGGGCGCUGGGAGGAACCACCGUCCUCAAUUACAUGAUUCACGUUAGAGGAAAUCCUCUGGAUUACGACAGAUGGGCCGCUAUGGGCAACCCGGGAUGGUCUUACAAAGAUGUCCUACCAUAUUUUAUUAAAAUGGAAGACGCUGAUAUAGAAGUACAAGACAAGGAGUACCACCAAAAGGGAGGAUAUCUGUCUGUCGGCGAUAUACCCCACAGAAGUGAGUCCGCGCACGCUUUUGUCAAAGCUGCACAAGAAGCGGGACAUCCGUAUGUGGACUACAAUGGCAAAGAUCAAAUGGGUGUAUCGUACGUACAGGGUAAUCUAAGAAGGGGAAAGCGCUGUAGCGGCGAAAAGGCAUACUUGCGCCCAGCUCGAGACAGAAAUAAUUUGAAAGUAUCUCUUAAUUCCAGAGCAAUCAAAAUUUUGAUCAAUCCCGGUACCAGCUCGGCUUACGGCAUAAAAUACGUCAAAAAUAGACGCUACUAUAAAGCGUUGGUGACCAAGGAAGUUAUUUUAUCAGCCGGCGCCUUUAACUCCCCUCAAUUGUUAAUGUUAUCGGGUAUAGGACCAAAGGAACACCUAGAAGAGCUCAACAUUCCGGUCGUUCAAAAUCUACCGGUCGGCCAGAAGAUGUACGAUCACAUAACAUUCGUAGGAUUAAAUUUUAUAACCAAUACCACCAUAGUUAAUCGACAAUCGGAUUUAUACAAUCCCGUGAAUUACCUGGACCUCAUCGCCAACGGAAAAGGACCACUGACCACUCUCGGAGGCGUUGAAGCGUUGGCGUAUAUCAAAACCAACGCCUCCACCGAUCCAGACUCUUACCCAGAUAUGGAGCUUAUUUUCAUCGGAGGCAGUGUGGCCACCGAUAGAGGUCUAGCUUAUAAAAAUACCCUUAGCAUUAAGCAAGAGUUGUACGAUGGGUAUUGGAAGGAUUUAGAAGACAAAUCAGUGUGGCAAGUUAUACCUAUGCUGGUUCACCCAAAAUCGGUGGGUUACCUCAGGCUGAAAUCCAAAAAUCCGUACCAUUGGCCGAAAUUUUACCCCAAUUACUUCACCGAUGCGGAAAACCACGACAUAAAGACUUUCGUAGCGUCCAUUAGGGAAAUUCAACGAAUCAACGAAAUGCCGUCGUUUCAAAAAUACGGAUCGCUGCAAUACGAUAAAGUGCUACCAGGGUGCGAACGUCACACGUUCGAUACGGACGAGUAUUGGGAAUGCGCGCUGCGUCACAUAACGCCCACUUUGCAUCAUCAGGUUUCCACUUGCAAAAUGGGACCGUCCAAUGACCCGGAAGCAGUCGUCGAUAAUAAAUUAAAGGUCUACGGUAUAAAGAAUUUAAGGGUGGCCGAUACCAGCGUGAUUCCGUUGCCGUUGACAGCGCAUACCAAUAUCCCGGCGUACAUGGUAGGGGAAAAAGCUUCGGACCUGAUCAAAAUGGAAUGGGAGGCCAGCAAUCUAAUAGAUUCUGGAGAUAUCAAAAGAUCCCAUAUUAGUAAAAAACAAUAAAAAGCAAAAAA